AUGUCGUCUUCAGAUUCAGCAACGCGUUCGCUGCCUGUCCUCAGCCUGCGCGCAGCCGAGAUAGCCUCGGCAGCAGCUCAGAAAAAGGCACAGGAAAUAGGCAUUGGUGUGUCGUUUUCUGAGCACGAUAUAGACCUCACACUAACCCUUUCUCCUCGCACAGACUUCAACAUUGCCAUUGUAGAUGCCACACUAAACCUUUUGCACUUUGUGCGCCAACCCACCGCAAAACUAACUUCCAUCAACAUUUCCAUCGACAAAGCCUUUACCGCAGCAGGCCACAAACAACCCACCUCUGCAUACAAGAAUCCCAAUUUCUUGCCUGGAGGACCGGCGUAUGGGAUCCACAACUCUAAUGGUGGUAGGUUUAUGUUGAUUGGGGGUGGUGUGCCUAUUGUUGUGGAGGGACAGGUUGUUGGUGCUGUGGGUGUUAGUACGGGGACGCCGAAGCAGGAUGAGGAGGUUGCGAUGGCGGGGGUCAAGGCGGUUGAGGAGUGGGUGAAGAAGAGGCAGGGACCUAAAUUGUAG